GUUAAUCUGCGUUCUUGAAAUAUUCGACAAUUCGAUAGCAUUGAAGGAUAGAGUUAUUUGAGAAUCUGUGUUUUAAAUACAUGAUAAUGUUAGAAAUUUGGAUGCCGCUAUUAUUAUAAUCGAAUUCUAUAGUUGCGAUUUUCGGCAACGACACAAAUCGAGACUACGGCUGCGUUCCGAUAUUCAUUGCCGCGGUCGAAUGUGUUGAAGGUUUCAAAGUCCACGUUCGAAACACGAAAGACGGUGCAAAUAUAAUAUUCGGUUAUUUGUUGCUGUCAAUCAUCGUAAAAUUAGCAGCUGUCGCCUUAACCGGACCUGUCGCAAAUAAAUCAGUUACUCUUCUUUCUCAAUUAUGUCUUUAAAGUUGUAUUAUGAUUUGAUGUCACAACCUUCGAGAGCUUUAUAUAUAUUUCUCAAGGUCUGUAACUUACCAUUUGAACGGAAUAUUAUAAACUUGAAGAAUCUGGAGCAACUUACCCCAGAAUAUGAAAAAAUUAAUCCAAUGAAGAAAGUACCUGUCAUUGAUCAUAAUGGCUUCAAACUUGCUGAAAGUGUAGGGAUCGUGCGUUAUAUAUCUAGAGAAUUUAAAGUGGAUGAUCGUUGGUACCCAUCUGAUUCUAAACUUCAAGCAAAGGUUGACGAAUAUCUCGAAUGGCAACAUCUUAACACAAGACUACAUGCUGCUACGUACUUUUUAAUACAGUUUCUUCUGCCCCUUAUAAAAGGGAGGGCACCAAAAGCAGAAAAAGUAGCAGAAUCCGAAAAACGUUUGAAUGAUUGUCUCGAUCUUAUCGAAAAUGUAUGGCUGAAAGAUAAAUUAUUUUUAACUGGAAAUACCAUCACUGUAGCUGACAUAUUUGGUACUUGUGAAAUUGAACAAACACGCUUAGCUGGUUAUGAUCCACAAAAGGAGAGACCAAAUUUGACUGCUUGGAUGGAAAGAGUUGCUAAAGAGACAAGUCCUCAUUAUCAAGAAGCUCACAAAUUCUUAAAUCUGUUGAUUAAGCAAGCUGGGGAAAAAACGAGCAAAAUUUAACUUUCUCCUGGAUAAAUGGAUACACUUACAUAUUAUUUGUUUUGAUCUAUAAAUUAAAGUAUCUUUUAUAUUUUUUUUGUUUUAGAUACGUUAUAUAAAUAUGUUUGGAUAAAUAUAUCUAUACAGUUGAUAAAUAUUCUAUAUUCUAUAUUCUGGGAUACACAAAAAUAAACUUGUGGUUCUACAGCUCUAA